AUGGGACCUCUCGUCACUCGCAUACUGGGUCAGAAUCCUGGAAAAUUCACGCUUCAAGGAACCAACACUUAUCUUAUCGGCCGCUCAGCACCCUACAUCCUCAUUGACACGGGCGAGGGCAAGCCCGAAUAUAUCCCUCAACUCCGCACUACUCUCGAAUCUUCGUCCAACGGCCAAUGUCCAAUUAGUGACAUAAUUAUUACCCACAAGCAUCAGGAUCAUCAUGGAGGCUUGAUCGACGUUCUAGAUUUCCUCUCAUCCCAACGCUCCACAAACUCUACAGAAUCUUGGCAUCCUCCUUGCAUCCAUCUCCACCCAUUGCCCGCUGGCGUCACUGAUUCCAGCUUGACCGCUACAAUCUCUCGACUCAAGUUCGGUGAUUUCACCCCGAAGUCUGACUGUACCGUUUUGUUCCCCCUGAGCGAUGGUCACCAGGUUCAAACUGCCGACGCAUCCGCUAUGCUCGAGGUUGUUCACACACCCGGUCACACGGCCGAUUCAAUUUCUCUCAUCCUCUUUGACUUGAGCGAGGCCAAAUCUCCUGUUCCGGUAGCUUUGUUCACAGCUGACACCGUCCUUGGAGCCGGAACUGCGGUAUUCGAAGAUCUUUCUCUGUAUAUGCAAAGUCUCCGGCGCCUUGUUGAGCUUCCUAUUUGGACCCACUCCAUCACACUUCAUCCGGGACAUGGCCCUGCGGUCCCACCCGAGUCAUCCAAAUCGCACAUUGAGACCUAUAUCUCUCACCGGCAGGCAAGGGAAAACCAGAUUGUUGACGUAUUCAAGAAGAGUCAUGGGAAAACCACGGUUGGUCAUAUAGUUGAGUCAUUAUACGCCGAGUACCCCCGCACAUUGUGGCCCGCCGCGGCACACAGCGUCGGUCUCCAUUUACAGAAACUCGGGAUUGAAGGAAAGAUUAAGAGGCCAGGUGAAAAGCCAGUGUCGGAUGUAGGGGAAUACGAUGGUGUCAAGAUGGAGCAAGUUGGUGCCGCCGGUAUGGACGCUGAAUGGGAGUGGGCCGGGUUCGAGGCACCGGGUACUGAGACAAAGUUGUGA